AUGUAUGACUUAGAUUACACUGUGGGCCGCGAGAGCCGGGGGCCGAAGCCGAAACACAGCACAAGGGUCGGGAGCACACAGCACAAGUCGGAUCUACCAGCGUUUGUGGGUCAGACAGGCGGUACGACACCACGACAACUCCUGUACGGCUGUAGCUUCCUGUCAGAAUCUGCAGGCGGCUGCAGGGAUGGUGAUCAGGAAAUGACGGAGGCCGCUUUUUCUGGCGAUGGCGAUGGCGGCAGCGGCGCCACCGCUGCAGCUGCCAGCGCGCCUGUCGUCAAGCUGCUCUGGUACAGCAUGGGAAGGUAUCUUGUCGUACAUGGUGUUCCGUGUAUCAGCCGUGGCGGCAGCGCUGCAGCAGCGGCGUCAGGUCGUCUCUCGCCGGUGACGCUGCACAUUGACCUCGCCGAGUACGGCAGCGGCGCUGCCUCCGCCGCUUCCGGCGGCGACGGCUGUGACGGAUCGUUGUCGACGUCGACGCAGCUGCCGCCGGACCCUGCUGGUCAUUGGCGGCGGCUUAAGGACGGAUUGGUCCUGCCGCUGCUGGCGGCGGCCUGUCGUACGGCAGGGGUGUCGCCGCCGCUGGGACUGACGGUUCUUCCCCUGGAGCUUCAAAUGGCUGUGUUACGGCGGCUGGAGCUGACGUCGGAGGAUGAGCUCUGGCGACCGCUGUGCGACAAGGAGUUCGGUCCCGUACCGGGCCCUGGCGCGUCCGCCGCUGACGCGGCGCUGGCGAACAGCCGCGGGUACAAGUACUUGUACGGCAGGAAAUGGCGAGAGCGUGUGGAACGGCGAAAGCGCAGGCAGGUGUUCUGGGCGGCUCAUCGUCCCCAUCGGCCUCCCGGCUGGGGUCCACCGCCACUGGGGCCCUUCGUACGACCGCCGUACAUGCCGCCGGGCUCCAUCGGGGGUGACUACGACCGCCUCCCGCCGCCCCUGAUGGGAGGAGCUCCGCCAGCAAUUAUGGGUAGCUUCGGAAGCGGCAGUGGCAUGUUUACCGGCGGCGGCGGCGGCUUUGGCGGCGGCGGCGGGUUGUUCCCCGGGUCAGUGAUGCUCGUGACCUUCCACCCCGGUCGUGGCUGCUGUACCAGUCGAUCUGGCCUUGAGGGCUGGAUGCCAGAGGAAAGUGCGGAUAAUCCAAUUGCAGUGGACGCCAAGAGCUCACCCAGCCGCGGCCGCUCGGGCACAACAGCGGGCGAGUACUACAGCAGUCGCUGGGCUUCGAAAGGCUGUAUACCCUCAAUUAGCGAAGACCAGGGAUGCUCACCCUGCAUCGACGCCCACCAAAGACCGAUGCAGCAGUCGGGGUCCCCGAACCGGCACAGCAGCCAGGAUCACCAAGGCAGGCAUUACAACGACAGCUAUGUCAUGUGCGGGCAAAGCAACGAGGGCGGCGAGGCGGCUGCAGCGGCGUACAGCAACGACAGGCACGUCAACGAAGACGGCAGCAGUGCCGUCGCGGAUGAUAUGUAUGACAGUGCCUACGGCGCAGACGACUAUGAUUACGCUGACGCAGAUGCAGCUGAGUACGGCGCUGAUUGCAGCGAUGAACCUCCAAGCCCCAAUCCUGGCGAUCAGCCCAGCACUCUGCCGUACGACGGAGCAGUUGCCGACGCAGACACUGAUGCCGAUGCCGGCGGAGGCCGCAGCAGCAGCGGGCGGAAUGGGCGGUGUUCUCCCGCAACGUCACCACAAAACCCCUCCCUUGCCGAGGGUGACGCAAAACAAGAACGGCUCAGCUUCGACGCACAUCCUGCCGUUCCCGAACCCCUAAACCUAAACCUGACACAGGACAUGGACCGGGACCGGGAGAAGCGCUGUACGACAACUGCCGACGGCGCCGCUUCCAGUCGCCAGCAGCUCAGCCGCGGCCGCAGCCGCAGCCCAGCGCCCCGCUCUCACCCCCAGCGGCAGCCUCCCCGUGGGAGUCGACGCAGAGCGAGCCACGUCAGCCUCAUCGGCCGUACGAGCCGUUCCGUGGGGAUCCGCUGCCGGCGGCUGCAGGGCGAGGGCGGGCCGGGUUGGUGGAGGCGGCUCAGAGAGGUAGAGGAGGAGGGGGGGUUAGAGGAGGGGCUCCGGGGCAUCGGCCGGCGAGCUCGCCGCCGCCGCAGCCGCCGCCGUCAGCAUAUCGUCGACCACUGGGCGGCGGCAUGCCGCCACCAUACGACGACAGGCGCGGCGGCAGCGGCGAUGGGUCAUAUCCCCAUGGUUUCGGAGGAUCUGGUCCUAGGGCAGCGCCGCCGCCUGUACGAUUUCAGGGAGAGGGCGUCAGGAGAGGCAGCGGCGGCGGGGCCCAUGGCAGUGCCGUACUCGCACCACGACGUGGCUCCCGCUCACCUCCCGGACGUGCCCCUGGUCCUGACCUGCCGGGUCCCCACCACCACCACCACCACCACCACCACCACCACCACCAUCCGCAUCACGACACGCUCCGUCAGACGCCAUUCUACAGACCACCACCGCCCGCCAGCGGCGGCGGGGGCGGCGGCCGCGGGAGACGGGGCAGUGGAGGCGGCGGAGGAGACGGAUUCCACGACCCGCAGUACCGUCACCCUCCGCACCAUGAGCAGCAUCAGCAUCAGCAGUCACGGCGGGGACUGUCGCCGCCGAUGUUGCCUGACUCGCAGCGUCCUCGGUCCGAUGCUGCUGCUGCGGCGGCGGCAUGGGCCGGGCCCCGUGAGCGACAUGAUGGGCCGGGUCCAUCAGGUCCCGGAGCACCCAGGCCUAGGGGAGGGGGGGAGGCAGCACCGGGCCACGGAAAUGACAGGGGCCCGGCAGCGCCGGGGGCCGGCGAGCGGCGAUACGAUGGCGGCGGCGGCAGUGAACCCCGCGGCCCGGGGCCUGGUCCUUACAGUGCGGCGUACGAUGGCCCACCGCAGGGGCCUCCUGGUGGCGGCGGCGGCGGCGUGGAAGGCAGGUUUAGGCCCACAGAUGCCGUCGGUGGACCGCGGCCAGUACGGCCAUAGCGGCGUACCAGAUCCGCGUCCGCCACACCCUGGCCGUGCGCCGGGAGAAAUUCCGCUGUACCGCGCUUUACACGACAGACGCGGCAGUCCUCCUCCUCCACGGGACCCGGGGUUGAGAAUUCAUCCUAUGUCAUCGCAGGAUCCGGCGCCGCACAGUGGUAGCGGCGGUGGUGGCGCGGUAUUUGACCGUUACGGUGGUGGUGGCGGCGGCGGCAGCUGGGCAGCGGGCAGAUCACCACCGCUGGCGCCGCCGCCGCCGCAGCAGCAGUGGGGCGCAAGCCGCAGCGGCCCACGGAAUAACUCGCCGCCGCCGCUGCAGCGCCUCCAAGCCGUACGACGGUCGCCGCCUCGCUACCUCCGUGGUGAGUUGGGUCCUCCCCCACGUCCGAAUGAAGCUGCAGCGGCGGCGGCGGCGGCGGCGGCGGUAGUCGGGUCCCCGCUGCAUAUGCGUGGUGGAUUUCAGGCCGCCCCGAGGAAAGACUACGAACGGCGGCCGCAACCACUGCCAGCAUUUGAUGGCCCAGGAAGAGGACCAGGACGCCCUCACUCGUACGGCCCGUACGACGGCGAAAAUGGUGGACCGCCGUCGUACAAUAACCGCCGGGCGCUGUCGCCACGUAGCUUGGAUGGUCCGUUGCCGCCGCCCAAGCGCCGGCCGCCGCCGUCGAGCUGUGCGAGCGGCCGGGGGCCUUGUAGCCCUGGGCGGGGCAGAGGUCCCGGGUUUGAAUCCGGCAUGGGCCCGAGAUCUGACGUCAGUCUAUCCCGUUCUGGGGUCCCGCAUGGUAGGCCCGGGACCGAAUAUCCGAGCGGCAGCUGCGGCGGGGCGGGGGAUACCGCUCCGGGUCGUCAACAUGGGAGCAACAGCGGCGUGGCGGCGGCAGCGCCGACAUCCUCGGAGCACGUGAGUGGCGGCGGCGGCCGCGGACGUCAUGAUGAUGGUGGUGGUGGUGGUGGUGGUGGUGGUGGUAGGUAUCAUGAUGUUCGUGACGAGGCGGCAGUAGUGAUAGCUGGCACGAGCCGGGAAGCAGAUAGGAUUGAGAAUAAUGGGCCCAUGGACUACCAGUCCUCGUCGCCGCAGCAGCAGCAGCGGCGUCCGCGGUCCCCCUCCUCGUCCUUGCAACAGCAGUUGCAGCUGCAGCAGCAGGUAAUGCCGCCUGCCCUAAACGGAACACCCGCCUGCCAACACGCCGGCGGCUCCUCGACCGGAACCCCUUCGAAGGGUACCGACGGUGGCGGCGACGGCUUCAAACUGCGGGUCGUCGGAGACUGCGGCGGCGGCAGCAGCAUUGGCGUCGCUUGGCCUUCCCAUGCAACGGCCAACGGUACGACGGGUGGCUGUGCAGCCGCGUCUGCUGCCGCCGCUGCUGCCGCCGCCGCCAUCCCACCGACGUCCAGUUUUUCCACCGCCGCUACGGCCGCUACGGCCGCUGGUGUCUCUCCGGACGAAGCGGCGGAGGAGUGGUUCUACACGGACCCCUCAGGCCAGGUGCAGGGCCCCUGCUCCAUUGGGCAGUUCAGGAGCUGGAUCAAGUACCUCGCGCAGGAUGAGGAUUUUAAGGAGGAGUACGACAAGUUCUGUUCGUGCGUCGUGUGGCGGAAGCAGGGCUCGCAGCCACCGCCGCCGCCGCACUUGGCGUCCGGCUUUGGCGAGUCGCGUGCCACACUGCUGGAUCUGCUACGGAGCCUUGGAGGAUGA